UGGGGCUGGCGGGCCCGGGCGUGCGCGCGGCGUUCCGGUUCCGGGCGCGGCGGGGUCGCCAUGGCGAGCAACGCCGCCAGCCUGAACGCCGUGAGGGAGACCAUGGACGUUCUGUUUGAGAUUUCAAGAAUAUUAAACACUGGCUUGGACAUGGAGACGUUGUCUAUUUGCGUGCGGCUUUGUGAACAAGGGAUAAAUCCAGAAGCCCUGUCGUCUGUUAUUAAAGAGCUGCGCAAGGCUACAGAAGCUCUGAAGGCUGCUGAAAAUAUGACAGGCUGACAUGGGAGAAAAUCUCUGCAUGAGAAGAAUGCCAAGUUAA